CUCUUCCUCCUGCAGCUCAUCUCUGUGCGCGCGGCUGACACCAGCAGCGGCAUCGCGGACACAAACUUUUUUUUUUUCGUCUUUGGCGAGAAUUUUACGCACAGAAAUUCUCGUCGAUCUGGAGCAGAGUCAAAUCAACAGAACGCUGCGUUUUCUUCUUCUACCAGCGCGAUUUUUUUUUUACAACAACUUUCAGAGGGAACAUGCAAGUUUAUGUGGCUGUGAUUUUCGCCUAUGGGGUGUCGGCACUGAAUACGACAGAGGAAAAGACGACGUGCCCGCUUGGAUAUUUCCCCUGUGGCAACUUGACCGUUUGCCUCCCGCAGCUGCUGCACUGUAACGGCAUAGACGACUGUGGGAAUCAAGCAGAUGAGGAGAACUGUGUGCUGGGUGUCGUUCCUGAGCUCUGCCAGUGCCGAGACUUGGAGCUGGACUGUGACGACGCUCAGCUCGGGGACAUCCCAGCGGUGGCGAUAAAUGUCACCAUGAUAUAUCUGAGCUACAACGAGAUAACUGUCCUGAUGCCWGGAGUCUUUAAAGACCUGCACAAGCUGGAGUGGCUAAUAUUAGAAAACAACAAUAUUCAUCAGAUCUCUACCAUGACAUUUUCAGGACUGAACUCCCUCGUUUUACUGGUUUUGUUGAACAACUCUUUGACAAAGUUGGAUGACAUCUGUCAAGAAAUGCCCAGACUCAACUGGCUGGACUUGGAGGGAAAUCUCAUUGAAAUGAUUGGAAAUGCCUCUUUCCGCUCAUGCAGCAUGUUGACAGUUUUGGUUUUACAGCGGAACAGGAUCAGUUAUAUACACGAACAUGCUUUCUCAGUUCUGAAAAAGCUCGGAGAACUAAAUAUAUCAUACAAUCCCAUCCUGGAGCUUCAGCUUGACCACUUCGACAAGUUAUACAAAUUAAAAUCAUUGAGCAUAGAGGGGAUAGAAAUUGCGAACAUUCACCGAAGGAUGUUUGAGCCUCUGAAAUACUUGACUCACAUCUAUUUUAAGAAGUUCCAGUACUGCGGUUAUGCGCCUCACGUUCGCAGCUGUAAACCCAACACAGAUGGCAUCUCGUCCUUUGAGGACCUGCUGGCCAACAUCGUGCUGAGGGUCUUCGUUUGGGUCGUUUCGGCCACCACCUGCUUCGGCAACGUCUUCGUUAUCUGCAUGCGCUCCUACAUCCGCUCCGAGAACAAACUGCACGCCAUGUGCAUCAUCUCCCUCUGCUGUGCAGAUGGGCUGAUGGGUAUUUACCUCUUCAUGAUCGGUGCAUACGACCUGAAGUUUCGAGGCGAGUACAACCGGCACGCUCAGGCCUGGAUGGACAGCAGUCAGUGUCAGGUCAUUGGAUCUCUGGCCAUGCUGUCCACUGAAGUCUCCGUCCUGCUACUCACUUACCUCACUCUGGAGAAAUACAUCUGCAUCGUGUAUCCUUUCCACUACUUGACUCCCGGCUGGCGACGGACCGUCUCCAUCCUGCUCGGYAUAUGGGUGUUUGGUUUUAUAAUAGCCUUUCUGCCUCUGGCCUGCAAGGGAUUGUUUCGUAACUUCUAUGGGACAAAUGGAGUCUGUUUCCCUUUGCACUCUGAGCAGCCGGAGACGCCUUGGGCUCACGUUUACUCCAUUGUCAUUUUCCUUGGUCUCAAUUUGGUGGCCUUCCUGAUCAUUGUCUUCUCUUAUGCAAGCAUGUUUUAUAACAUCCAAAGAACAGGCACCCAGACCACCAAGUACAGCAACCACAUCAAAAAGGAGGUGACCAUCGCCAAAAGGUUCUUCUCCAUCGUCAUCACCGAUUCCCUCUGCUGGAUCCCCAUUUUCAUCCUCAAGAUCCUGUCACUGAUGCACGUGGAGAUUCCCGGUACCAUCAGUUCCUGGGUCGUCGUAUUUAUUCUGCCCAUCAACAGCGCGCUAAACCCCAUCCUGUACACCCUGACCACGCGGCCUUUCAAAGAAACCAUUCUGCAGGUGUGGGCCAACUACAGACAGAAAAGGCCUCUGCUCAGCGGCCGCCCUCCUCAUCAUCCAUCACUCACGUGGCAGGAAAUGUGGCCCCUGCAGGAAAACAGCCACGGCGUCACUCCGGGGCAUCUAUUGGAUACGACAGACGCAGCGGCCAAGCUCACCCCCGUGGAGAAUCCGGACGACGGACACAGUGACAAUAUCGUGAGCACGAAGCAACUGCAAAAACAACACGCUGUGUUGACAAUGUGCUCGCAGAAUAAAGUAGUACCGCAAACACACAUCCACACAUUCACACAAACCAAUGACCUCCUCUAAGCGUCUGAAAGCUGAGCUCUGUGGAUCUGUUUGUAAGUCUGUUUGCAUCACUUCCACCAGUUCACUGUUUCAGGUUCAUUCAUCACACUGAUUAAUCUUGAUUUGAGCUCUGAUUUUUCAUUUAGUGUCAAACAUCCAUGCAGUUUUAGUUAUUUAGUUUGGGUUUUUACGCAUACUGCGUGCAUAAAUUGCUUCAGCAGCAACUAAAACGUUGACUUCCAAGACAAUAUUUUGAGUUAUGUUUAAAAAAAGAGUGUAAAUAAAUUCCAGCUUCCAUUUGGCUUGACUUUGCUUUAUAAGUAAAGACUGUUUUAACUUUUGUUGUUCAGGAGUUACUAAAUUGUGUUAUUAAUCAAACAUAAAAAGUACUAUAUGUGGGAAAUUUAUUGAAACACUCAACACAACUUUCACAUCUAAUYUUUUUGGGUAAUGAAAGUUGAAUUUUUUUUCUUUAUACGUCCUUCCUAAAUCAGUCACUACAUUCUUCWCAUACUGUAUAUUUGAAUAGACAUAAUAGCUCUUACAAAUAAGCAUAUUUUCAUAUAUUCUAGUUCCAAACAAGAUCUAUCUGGGGCCAAAGCCAUGGGAACGGGUUUUAAAUGGGGGAGAUGUGAGAGCAUGUCAAYUGUAGUAAAUUAUACUAUCCCAAACAGGAACUCAAAUUCAAUUCCAUACCACAAUCAACCAGCCGUUACCUUCGUUUCAUGAACAUGCUGAAUAUAUCAAAAAGAAAUUUGACUUUGCAUCAUAGUCUAUAAAACGCCUUGAAUGUGGCCUCAAUCUCUUUWAAGUGUAACUAAACCCCAAAUAAACUUUGGUUGUAGAUCAACUGUUUAAAUUAGGUGUUAAGUGUGUUAUCUUUUAUAUUUCAGCACAAAUUUGGACAUUUGUUCAAUUCCGUAAUAUUUGAUCUAUAAAGGUCUUGGUGCUGCUCUCUAUUGGUGGAACGGUGGCUACUGCAGGUGAAUUUUCCUAUUGGUUAAAAUGGUACAGCUUGAUACAUGUUUAUGUGACAAUUCCCGUGUCUCACUCAGAGACACGCCCCUGCACCGAGUCAGAGGUUGGACUAGCGAACACUGUGAUGGAAGUUUACUACUUUGAACAUUAGCCCGUGUUAGCAAUGAUGCUGCUAACAUCAUUUUUACACUCAGAAACUGGACCCAUUGUGUCCUCCAUUGCCUCGGCAGCACUGGUUUCACGCGUCUCUGAGUCAGCAGGAUUUCAAAUGUAGGAAUUUCAAAUGAACCAUUGAAACAAACAGAAAUAAGAAACUAUUCUUCAUGUUCUGUUUGGACAAAAGUCACAUUUUUUUGCAGUAUGUUGCCUAAAUUUUACAUGUUAGUAAGAAACAGUUAAAUGUGAGUUUGCAUGAAC